CUCUCUCUCUAGCUCCCUCCCCCUUCACCCAUAUCAAAGAACAGCAUGAUCAAAGACUAAAUCCAGUUCAAUCUGUCCAUGAAUUGGUGGAGUUUUUCCAGAGAGAGGUGACUGAGUGAUUCCAGAUAUGUUUGGAUAUGCAGUUGCAUAUAUAUAUAUAUAUAUUGAUGAUCAAUAGCUUUGGAAGAGAAAGAAUAGGCUUAUUUGAGUAGAAGGAGUAGAGAGGCACGCCAUCAUCUUGAAUAGGCUUUUUGGAAGAGAAAGAAAAGAGGCACAUCAUCAUCGUGAAUGACAUGAAAUGCUAUUCAUAAUUUGUAUACAGUAAAGAAUUGAAGGUGGAGGUAAUCCUGAGCAACAACAUUGAAUAUGUCAGAUGGAUAUCAGAAGAGUGAGGAACAGGCUGAUGACAUUAAUUCAAAGGGAUCUUCCCAGAGAUGCUCAUCCUUUGACUUGAAUGAAGAAGCUAGUAGUGAAGAUAACAAUGAUAAUGAUGAAGCCUAUGAUGAUAAAGCAAGGGAUGAAGGUACUUCAACUAAUAAAAGUAGCAGCACAACAAGAGAAGGAAACAAUGAACGAAGAGGUGGUGUGAGACAAUAUGUUAGAUCAAAGAUGCCUCGGCUUCGGUGGACUCCUGAACUUCAUCUAUCGUUUGUGCAUGCCGUUGAAAGGCUUGGAGGUCAAGAGAGAGCAACACCCAAGUUGGUUCUUCAGCUGAUGAAUGUGAGGGGGCUCAGCAUUGCUCAUGUCAAGAGUCACUUGCAGAUGUAUCGAAGCAAGAAACUCGACGAGGCUGGGCAAGUAUUAAGUCAAGCGUUCAAAUCAACCCAUGAACUUGGUCGUACUUCUCAUGUAGCCCAUCAGCCCUUGAUUCCUCGUCAACAUUUUAAGAUGGGAAAUGGUGGAAUUAUUCUGGCAAGUGAUUACAACGACAACAGUUUUUUCCAGGGUCUCCUGCAUCCCUCUUCCCUAUCACAUUCACCUUCAAAGGCCAUCGAUUCAAGGCAGCAGCAAUUGUACUUCAAUCAUCAACCUUUUAGAAGACCAAAUUACUUUAGCAACGAAGUUGUCUCAACAACCCUUCAAACGCAAGGAAGAUCAAUAUCUUCAAACCAAAUUCAACAAAUGGAUACUGCUGGCAUUGCACCCAUGAAACCAAGCCAAUUUCUUGAGGAGAAAAGGUGGCCUCCUUUAGAAAUUAUGAACAAUCAUCAGUGGAAGAAAAGGUUACCUACCAAUAUUACUGCUAAUACUGGGUCACAAUCUGUUGUACAUCAAUUUGGGACCACUCCAGCAUCUCUUAGAUCAAGUGAGUUGAACUUUGGAAACAACACAAGAAUCAGGGAACAUCUAUCAAACCCCUUUGAACAUCGCAAUCGUUCCAACAGUUUAAAGCUAGAAUUUGAUCCCCCAUUCCGGAUUAAGUUGAAUCAAGAAAAAUUGCAGAAAGACAAGCAAUGGGUGCCUGAUUUGCGGCUGAGUUUAAGUCAGAGAGAUGACAACAAUGAUGGCAAGACUGAUUAUUGCAAAGAAACCCAAGAAAUCAACACGAAACUUUCACUUUCUUAGAAUUAUAGCCAUGUCAAUAUAUAAUGCAAAUACCACAACCUAGCCAUUCAUAUAUAUCGAGAUACUGAAACAAAUUUACACAAUUACAUGACGCUACAAUACAUAGGGUUUCUCCCCUCCACCCAAAAAAAAUUAAUAAUAUUAAUAAAUCAGAUUUGAGUGUAAAAUGAAUGUGGUCGUGGUUGAGUGAUCCAGUUCCCAAGUGAGACUUUUUUUUUUUGUGCAAGUUUUGGUUUGAUGAGGCACAAAGUAUAAUAAAAGAGUGAAGCAAAAUAACACAUAGUGUAACAAGAUCCGGCGUUAACCUUUCGCCGCUGUGCAAGUACAUGGGAUAAAUUUAGUUGAACAAGAGUGAAAAUGUGCAUGCAUGGCGAUCAGGCCUUACAGGAAGAGCUCCAGUACUUUCUGCACCUUGAGAGAGAAGAUUUAAAUCGGAAAAUGAAUGGAUUUAGU